UUUUCUCUUUGACAUUUUAUCAUACAUUAUGAGGGCAAGACUUGUGGUGUUUCCUAUUAGAGGCAAAAUCUGGUGUUUUAGCCGAUCCAUUGAUCAAUCUGCAUCACAAUUCAAUUCUACUAACACUCCUUCCACUGUCAAAGACCUCUGGAAGAAGAUUUCAUCCAAUCCCAACCCAAUCAAUGCCAAUGCUGAGCUUCUUGUUGAUUUCAUUUCAGACAAGAUGAAUAAUGCAUGGGCUGGUCUGGAAAAAGCACCUGAGGGCAGUUUCAAGAACAAGCUCCAUGGGAUUGGAUUACAGCUUUUAGCUCGAGUUAAGCCGUCAGAGAUUCUAUUGAAAUCUAUAACCAAAGAGGUUACUAAUGUUCGGAUUGCAUACCCCUCCAGUUUUAAUGCACGGCUUGUGCGGCGAAGAUUACGACAGAUAGCCUUGAGGGGUACUGUUAUACACAGGAAAUACUUUUAUGGUUCGGUUACGUUGCUUCCAUUGACUACUACACUUGCUGUUCUACCUCUGCCUAACAUCCCAUUCUUUUGGGUUCUGUUUCGCUCAUAUUCACAUUGGCGAGCUCUCCAGGGAAGCGAGAAGCUUCUUCAAUUAGUCACGGAUACUUCCCGAGCUCAACAAUGCUCUUCCGAGGUGUUGGAGCCGUCGAAGGAGUUGGAGGAGCUUGUUCGGAGUGGACAUGAUGACAAUGGUAGUGUUAAUGAAAAGGCUAUUUCAGAUAUAUGCAUCAAGUUUAGGUUGAAUAAGAAUGAUGUUCUGAAGUGGAGAGAUUUGAUGUAAUUUUCCCAUUUUUUUUUUGUCAUCAAUUUCGGAUAUUUUCUUUGAUUGCAUUUAUAUUCUCCUUUUG